AUGUAUCUUUAUGUCUCAAAUAUUCUUUUACUCAUUGCCUGCAGGGGAACUGAAUAUCCAGAGGAGCAAUUGCAAGCUAACCAAAUUGCCUCCCCUUUCGAUUCAACGAACGGGGCUGCCUUCCUGGACGUCCCCACUGCGAGCAAAGGCUACUUCCCAAAUGCAAACACCUUUGCAUCCACCAGUCUUUCCAGGAAGCGCGCCUGUCCAAGCUCCCUGCCCCAGCAACAGCGAAUCCACAAACCCGAGACCGAGGCACUUAAGUCCCUGCCCGACGUCACUUUCGCCCAGGACUGGUAUAACGACCACCUCGCCGGGCGUGCCGAAGGCACUGAUGCAGGCCUGCCCACAUACCCCUUUUCCCUACCCCUCCGACCGGAUUCAUGCAUUCAUUUCGCCGGGUCACAGAACACACUCAUCAGUACGCUGCCCACGACUGGCCCAUUUAACAGAAAUACCAACUUCACUUACGACCUUUUGAGCAAGCCCGGAGAAGUGCAUACAUUUAGUGAGACUUCUCACUACCCCUCUGACCUCUUCAUCUUACCCACACCACUCGCGGCCACACCGCCCAUUAGCCUUCGGUCGACAGGCUCACCGACCUCAUCCUCAUCGGCCUCCCCUUCAGUGGCUGGGUCACCGAGUCAACAGAUGCUCGUGAACAGCGAUCCCUCUGUGGCCUUCACUGAAGUCUGGGGGUUGUCGGGCAGAGAGCAGCAGAAUAUGGGACAUCCUGAUUGGCCUGUCGAGGCUCGUUAUGAGGCUGCGCCAGCCAACGGCAUGUCACAGUUUCAAGUCGUGACAACUUAG